UACAGGGAGGGGUAUAAUGGGGAUUUCAACAAUUGCGGCGAAAGUGGCAUGGAAUGGUAUCGAAUGGUGGGUGCGCUGUACAUAUGGUGAACUGUUGGAAGUCCCUUUGUAUAAAAAGACAGCCACUUUGGGUUUCCAAAAAAACUUGGAAUCGAACCGUUGUGGGGAACUUCGUACCUGUCUUUGAGGGCACUUUUCCUCUCCUCUUUCGAGCAACAAUUGUGAAUUGGUUAGGAAUUUCUUGGUUUGGUUUAUCUUGGCGCAAAUGGCAGAAAUAGUUGUUGUGUUCAUGUUCUUGUUACAGAGUUUAAUGGCGGAUCACAGUGAAAGUCUUGUUUAGUGUCUAAGAAGGAGGGGGUAGAUCAAAGAUGAAGUGCUCUGUGUCGUUUGAUGUGCGAUAACAAGGAUCCUUUUGUCAAUUUGGGUUCUUAUCGAAUCGAGCGUUUUUCUAGGGUUACAGUUUAUUAAAUAUGGAAAAUUAUUUGAACAGCUUGGAUGAGAGAAAAAAUAUGUUUGGGGGUUUCUGUGGGAAUUCUGUGAGCUGAUUGAUUCAAGAAAGUCUGUAUUGCGUUAGAGGUUUUAGUAGUGUGUGUGGAAUUGGGAGAUGGGGAAACAUGACAGAAUGUUGCUGCCGACGGUGGGACCUCCGAUAAAGAGACGGUUGAGAAGGAAACAGGCAGGAAGAGGAUCUUACAGAGGGAGUUAGGGAUUGUGGUUGUACGUUCCACGGCGAGGGGGUGGCGGAAGUAGGUGGAAUUUUGAAGUUAGAGAGUUGGGGGGUUUUGGGGGUUAGGGUUUGUUUAAGCUCAUUGGGAGAGGAGGAAAGAUGGGGGGCCAAUUGCAGCCAUUGUUGAGGAAUCUUUGUUUCGACUCUGGUUGGAACUAUGCUGUGUUUUGGAAGCUAAAGCAUCGGGCACGAAUGAUGCUGACUUGUGAAGAUGCCUAUUAUGUCGGCAAUGAAUCCACUGAUAGGAAGUGGUUCAAUUCCACUCCCAAUGAUCCUUUAGGAUUAGUUGUGGCGAAGAUGUCUUAUGAAGUGUACUCUCUCGGGGAAGGGAUUGUUGGACAGGUAGCGGUUUCUGGGAAACAUUCAUGGAUAUAUUCCGAUCAGACUGUUUCUGAAUCUUCCUCUUCAUCUGAGUAUUUUGGUCCGUUGCAAUCUCAGUUUUCAGUUGGCAUUAAGACCAUUGCAGUUAUGGCUGUUGUUCCACACGGCGUCGUACAGCUUGGAUCCCUGCAUAAAAUUGCCGAGGAUUUGAAGCUGGUCGAGCAUAUCAGAAAUGCAUUUUGCGAGUGGCUAGACUCGAGAAGUAAAACGGAGAGUUACUGUCUGUCGGACGAUUCUACGGUUCUUGAUUUGAAGAGUACGUCGCACGACGAAGAGGUAAAUUUGUGGUCUUUGUUGUAUUCGCCAUUACGAGACUCUACCGAGCAGGCGAGCGGAUUGUCGAACAAAGCUUCCAAAGCGAACGUCGCAACCGGGGCCGACAUUUCAUAUCCCUCGAGUUCUCGAAAUAUUCUCACUGGGCUGAUAGAGAUAGAGGCGACGGAAUCCCUUAACGACGGACAAUAUGGCGAACGGAAUGACUCGAAAGAUGUCGUAAAAGGAUCCAUGGGGAUGUCUAAGAGUGCUGGGAUCGGAAAAUCUAGUUUAUCGAAUUCCGAUAAAUCUCAAAUGGUUGAUGAUAUCGCGAUCCGGGAUCAAGAUCCCGAGCUGUCCGACCUGCGACGGUACAACGAAUUCGGAAACCUCGAACCGCCGAUCAAAUCUAGCUGUGUCGGGAUGCAGAUUUUGCCGUUCGGAUUCGGAUCCGGGUAUGAGCUGUACGAAGCAUUGGGGCCGUCGUUUCGGAAGCAGAUCGACUGCGUAUGGCAUCCCGGGAAAUCUGAUUCCGAUAUGGCUAUCGACAUUUCGGAGGGAAUUGGAAGUUGCAGUCUGAUGCCGGAGAGCUCCGACGCGCACCUUCUGGAUGCCGUCGUGGCUAAAGUUAGUGGCAAAGUGAACGAUGCCGCCGCGAGCGAGAAAUCGUGCCGCAAAACCCGAGGAUCUCUCCCUGCUACCGAAAAAACGAUCUGCAGUAGUAGUAGCAUAGCUACCGUUAGCUCGGCAGGAUAUUCGUUCGAAAAAGGCGCGUCGAGCAGCUUGAACUCCGCAACGACGUGCGGGGCCGAAUCUUUUAAAGGGUUUUCAUCGCCAAGCUCCAGUCGAGGAAGCGACUAUUUCGGGAGGCUCGUCAAGACUAAUAAAAAGAGAUCCCGACCCGGCGAGAGCUCUCGACCGAGGCCUCGGGACAGGCAAUUGAUCCAAGAUCGAAUUAAGGAGUUACGGGAGCUUAUUCCGAGUGGAUCCAAGUGCAGCAUCGAUUCCCUUCUCGAGCAAACGAUCAAGCACAUGCUGUUCUUGCAAAGUGUCACAAACCACGCCGAGAAGUUAAGCAAAUCCUCGGCUUCUAAGGACGCAGGUGCACGGCGAUUUUCCUGUACCGAGCAGGGUUCGAGCUGGGCGAUGGAGAUGGGAAACAAUGGCCAGAAAUUCUUCCCGAUCAUCGUCGAAAAUAUGAACAUGACCGGGCAGAUGCUCGUCGAGAUGCUGUGCGACGAGUGCAGCCAGUUUCUUGAAAUCGCGGACGCGAUUCGGAGCUUGGGUCUAACGAUUUUGAAAGGCGCCUCCGAAGCCUACGGGAGUCGGACGUGGUUGUGCUUCGUCGUCGAGAAUAACCGGAGCAUGCAUCGGAUGGACAUAUUAUGGUCGCUAAUGCAGCUUCUGCAACCGAAUAUCCCGAGAUGAUCGAUCGAUGAACCGGCCCGGUUCGGUUCGGUCCGGUCCGGUUUUUAAUUUGUAAGAGAUUUGUGUGCUAUUGUUUUUCUUUCUUACAGCUAUUUUUUGGUACGAAUGUUUUGGCGUGAUCUUGACUUGUUUGUAUUUUUGGUUUAUGAUUUUUAUUAUUUAUUUAUUUAUGAAUUUCCAAGUAAAAAAAAAAAAAAAAAAACAGGACUGGGAAUUAUUUGUGUGUCAUUUAUUUAUUUAUUUUGGGUGAAUUUAUUUAUUUGAU